AUGCAUAUUCAGUACUCGUUAGGAGCCAUUUUUAUUAUAUUUAUUUUACGCGUUCAUUGUGUAAAUGCAACUAACGACAACGAAAUUAAAGAAAUUUAUGUACCGUCCGCACCACAAAACCUCACAGCUACCCUCGUGACCGCUGCUGAAAUACAUUUAUCUUGGGCCCCGCCACUGACUUUCACCUUGCACACAAUUCCUAUACCAGAGAAGGUACAGACUACGAAGCCUGAUCAAGAAUUCGCCGUCCUCCCAAAGAAAAAAGUGGAACACCAAUCUGACGAGCCUGUCAACGACCUUAUAAGUCCUCUAGACUUGUCCGAAAACCCUGACAAGCUCAAAGACUUGGAGUACGCAACAUAUAAUUGGUACAAAAAUGAUAAAAAGUACAACGACGAAUAUUCUACUUCAGAUAUGAUGAUGGACUCAUAUAGGAGUAAAAGAGAAUCUCGUUCCCAUAGGCACAGGAAAAGGAGGCAAGAUAAUGGAACAGACGCAAGGAGUUUGCAUAUUGAGAACGGUGAUAUAGAAACUCAUCAAGCUUUUGAAAUGGGCAACUCCAUAGAGGUUGUGAAAAAGUCUUUUACUCCAAUACGUGCGCAUAAAAAUAUUACUCUAGUCGCAUACGUUUUAUAUUACGAGCAGGGUGUGCCAAGGUUCGACAUGACGACAGUAUAUGGGGUGCAGAACUCCACAGAUGUUAAGAACAAGAACGUGUUUUCGAGCGAUCUCGGCAUGGAGGAGUACUCGAGGUCGACUAAGAACCUGACUUUGUUGAAUAAUUCGGGCAAAGUCACCAAAGUGGUUGCGUUUCGAUUGAAGAACUUAAAGCCGUUCACGCCUUACAAGAUCUGGGUGCGAGCUUUCUACAACUUCUCGCUGGAUGGUGUAUCAUCGUCCGACCUGCUUGAGAGGUUAAGUAACAAAUCUGAACCUGUGUACGUGCUGACGGACGUGAUGCCCCCCUCACCGCCUAAGAUUCUCAACUUAACCUGCGAUAUAUUCAAACGUACACUGUACCUGCAGUGGCGGCAGCCAGUAGAGUUCAAUAACUCAUUGGAUCAGUACGUGGUCACAUUGAGGAAGAUACCCGAGCAGCAGCCACGGACGCGUCUCACGCUGCCCACUAACAAGAACGAUAUAGAGACAACCAUUAGUGUGGAGGUUGAGUUGUGGAACGACACUCAAUACGAAGUGAAGAUUUACGCUGUGACGCAAUCUGUCGCUCGGCCUUAUGUGCUCGUCAAUGGGUCCGAAUCUCCAUCUGAGAAAGUGUCAAGUGAAUGGUGCGCGGCCCAUUCAGAAGCGAUGUCACCUGGCGACGUUCCGCCUGCAUCGGCCGGUAUUCACACUGCAGCGCUCUUAGCAACGGCUACUAUAGUGCUGUUAGCAGCUGUGGGACUCAUCAUUGUUUAUUGGAGAUGUCGAUCUCGUCUUAGUAAAUGUGUAAGCGCCGUUUAUAACUAUUUGGAGGAAGGCGGCGAAAGAGCGGCGAGAGCUCCACUCAAUUCUUACAAGAAACCUGUGGUGAACUGUUCGCCGCUGCAUUCGUGUGCGUCGGGCGGCGGCGGCGGCGGCGGCGACGUAGAGCAGGUGCCGGCGCGGCCGCCGCGCAUGUGCGGCCCACACCAUCCCGCUGUCACUGCGCAACACUACCCCGCGCACGUGGCAGCACUCCACGCCGACGGCGACAUCGGUUUCAGUAAAGAAUACGAGAUAGUGGUAGCCAGGUCAGCGGCACUAGGACACACCAGUCAUCACAGUCACCGACCAGAGAAUAGACUGAAGAACCGUUAUUUGAAUAUUACUGCGUACGACCACUCGCGCGUGUGUGUGUCGGCGGGGGGCCGAUGCGGGGCAGCGGGGUGCGUGGGGGCGGGGCGCGGGGCCGGCGCAUGCGACUACGUUAACGCUAACUUCAUAGACGGGAUACUGCCCGCGCUAGACGCGCCUGCGCUGCGCCGUAUCAGGCGGAAGAUCGAGCGCUGCAAGCGACCGCAACGGCAACCUUCAAUGAAACCCGCAAAACCCCCGCCCAAUUUAGCAGAAGGCAUAGAGUCUGCCUUUUUAAAUAUAGAAUUCUCCGGUAUUGUUGAGUCGGACGAACAGAACGAGGACUCUGACAGCGAUCAUAGUGACGAUGACUGUGAGUUGGACGACGUUUAUGUUGACAUAGACGGUGUGCCAACUAGAGUGAAAUUGGAAUGGCUGGUAUGGAAACGACGCUAUAUAGCAACCCAGGGUCCAACCCCGGCGACUUUGGACGCUUUCUGGCGUAUGAUAUGGCAACACCGAGUACACACUAUAGUCAUGAUCACUAAUCUCGUUGAACGAGGCAGGCGCAAAUGCGAUAUGUACUGGCCGGGCGGAGGACGGGGUAGCAGUACCCAACACGGCGGUGUACAGAUUCGAUUGCUGCACGAGGACGUACGCGCCGCAUAUACGGUCAGACAUAUGCGCGUGCGUCAUGCUAGACAGGGAGAUAAUGAUAAGAAUAGCGAAUCUAGUGCCAACUCUCAGGACACAGAUAACGAUGGUUGGCGUUCGUUAGCCCAAUACCACUACACGGUGUGGCCAGAUCAUGGUACCCCUAGACACCCUCUAGCGGUGUUGCCAUUCGUUAGAGCCGCUGCCGCCGAUCCGGGGACUGUACUUGUUCACUGCAGCGCCGGCGUUGGUAGAACGGGUACCUACAUAGUUUUAGACGCACAAUUGAAUCAAUUACAACUCACCGGCACUCUUUCUCCGCUCGGGUUUUUGUGCCGUGCGCGUACGCAACGCAACCACCUCGUACAAACCGAAGAACAAUAUGUUUUCGUCCACGACGCUCUAUUAGAACACGUCCGAUCAGGAAACACUGAAGUAGAAUUCCCUAAAGCUAGAGAGUAUCUAGUCAAACUGUUGCAACCGAUUACAGAUGACGAAUUAGCCGUUUUAGACUUAAACGCCAAUAAGAAUAAGAGCGUUAAUGACUUGACAAACGGUAUAGAGAAUGGUGAAACGUCGAGCAUCAAAUCUGUUAAGUCAAACUUAGCGGAAUGCAGUGAAAGAGAAGAAGUUGUGGAGAAUGGCAGUCAAAUGUCGAUAAAAACGUGUGAUCUGAACAGCGAGCAGAGUAAAUCGCAGUGUUCAGUGAGAGACGUCACAGAUGAUUCUGAUACUAAAGAUGUUACGGUUAACGGUGAUGAGAUGGAGGGCGUUUAUGAUCUUGCACCUCGAUCUACAGAUACGUAUAGUAAAAAGAUGAUGGCUUAUAAUAACAUGAGUGAACAGGAAAAGGAGGAAAUGAGAAGAGUGAAUCGUGCUGAAAAUUUUGCGUUACUCGAAAGAAUGCGUUCGCUAGCAAACAGACAUCACACAUAUCAGGGACCACCACCAGUGAAUCUACUCGAGAAACAAUUUUUGCUAAUAACUCGUUCUUGCGUGGAGCCUAGUGUAUGCGCUCGAGCACCUCACAAUGUAGAGAAGAAUCGGCCUGGCGGCAUUUUGCCCUCGGAUUCUGCCAGAGUGAUGCUAGUGCCCAAACCGGGAGUCGAAGGUAGUGAAUACGUGAACGCGUCUUGGGUAUGCGGCAGGCGACGUAUGCGCGAGUACGCUGUGGCGCAACACCCGCGUCCGUCCGCCGCGCCAGAUCUAUGGCGACUACUGUGGGACCACACCGCGCAACUCGUAUUAUCACUUAGUGACACCAAUGAUCCGGAAUGCGAAAUAUUCUGGCCGACUGAAGAGGAAAGAGAGCUGUUCGUAGCCAAUUUUAGGGCGAGUUUCGUUUCGAAAGACACGUACGUCGCGUACCGAAAAGCGGACCGGAAAACGCCGGCUGAGUCCCCCGUCGCAACGGACACGAACGGUUACCGGCGGCAAGAAAGCAGUGACUGCGCCGAUGACGAGCGAUUAAUACCGGAAAACGGAUCACCUAUCACAGAAAAUGAGCCCGCGUACCGGUUCGAUAGAACGGAGCUACGUUUAGAAAGGCUCAGUGCCGGCAACAGGGAUCUGUCAGCUAGGAAAUCAAUAGCGAAUGGCGAUCUAUUCUCGUCUCUAUCUGAGAGCAAGAAGAACGGUCCUAAAUCGCCGAGGAGUCCUUCGAAAAUGUCCCUUAAAAACUUCAAGUUGAGUUCACCUACUAAGUUCAAGUUUCCCGAUUGGGGCUCUAGAGUUGCUGGUUCACCUCCAGAUGUAGCACCUCCCCCACCACCUGUGAUACCUUCGUUGACGGUAGAAGAGGAGGCGGAGCUACGAAGACCAUGUUAUUUCUUCGAAAAAACAGAUUCCGUUCCAGAGAGUAUACCAUCAGAUCGCGUUAUUGAAGUGACGAAUGUUAGCGUGCAUUCUUUGCAAGAUGAUUAUCAGUUGAGUGUGAAAUUUAUCAAGUGCACCGGCUGGUUGGACGGUGAUACUACGGAUUACACGGCUGGCAAUCCUGAUACGAAUGAUUUAAUAAGGGCAGUAAAAGAGGCACAAAGCGAGAGCGAGAGAGAAUCGGCUAUAGAUAAACUGAUAGAGCCGUAUAGAGAUUCGUUCGCGUUGAUAGAGUUCGUCGCCGGAUGUCAGAUGGAGUACAAAAAUGGGCCGGUCGUCGUUGUUGACAAAUACGGCGGUUGGAAGGCGAUGAGCUUCUGCACGUUAAGCGCGGCAUGCGGCGGCGCUCGCGAUCCCGACGCGAACGAUCCGUACGCGGAAUUCCGACCGCAUACAGACGACGCCGCCUCGUUGUACACGUGCAGUGCACUAGCAGCGCACGCGCGCUGCGACGCUGGACAGCCGCCGCACACGCACGGCGCGCUGCUGGCGUCGUACUGCGCGCUGGCCGGCUACGGUCCUCUACUCAGGCAUCGGCACAGGUACUCUAGUGCAUCGCAUCAAGUGUCGAGGUAA